AUGUCGUUGAAUUUCUAUGAUACACUCUGUCCUCGUUACAGGAAGACUCAGCUUCAGCUGUCGGCGUCGCGAAUCACGGUGAUGCGCAACAAGCGGCAGAACGAGCUCAAGUACAAACGGCGUGAGGUGGCGAUGAUGCUCAAGGGCGGCCAGGAGGCUCGAGCUCGUAUUAGGGUGGAGGAGCUUAUAAGGGAGGAGAACACUAUAGCGGCCUACGACGUGUUGGAGCUCUUUUGCGAGCUGCUGGUCGCCCGCAUCCUCAUUAUAGAGUCGCAGAAGACCUGCCCGGUGGACCUGCGGGAGGCCGUGUCGAGCAUUAUUUUUGCUGCCCCGCGCUGCUCCGACCUGCCCGAGCUCGCCGAGGCGAAGAAACUCUUCCAGCAAAAGUUUGGGCGGGAAUUCGUGAUGGCAGCAGAGGAGCUGCGGCCCGAAUGCGGAGUGAACCGAAUCAUCGUGGCUAAACUCUCAGUCCGCGCCCCCUCCCCCGAAUCGAAGCUAGAGGCGCUGCAGAAAUUGGCAGAGGAGAACGGCGUGGAGUGGGAUCCAGCGAGCAUGCAGAAAGAUUUACUGGCGAAAUACGAAGACAUGAUGGUGAGCGGGGUGGGGUGCGUUCCAAUCAGCCAGUCUACACAUCUGCCCAUCCAGCUGUCCUUUCAAGUGACUUUUCUUUCUGCCUUUGACCUCGCUCCCCUUUCUCCCCACCGCCCCCCUCAGGACCCUCGUUCCAAUCAGCCAGUCUACACAUCUACCCUUCCAGACGCUCCCAGAACGGAACCCCCCCUCCAUCGUCUCCCCUUUCUCCCUUCCCCAUUUCUUCCCUUCCCCUUUCCCCACUUCCCCCCUUUCUCCUUCUCUUCUUGCCCCUUCCAGGACCCUCGGUCCAAUCAGCCAGUCUACACAUCUGCCCUUCCAGAUGCUCUUGCAAUGACUCAUCUUUCUGUCUUUGACUCCCCCCCCUCCCUCCCCCCCUCUUCCCUUCAGGAUCCUCGUUCCAACCAGCCAGUCUACACAUCUGCCCAUCCAGACGCUCCCAGGACCCCCCCUCCUCACGACUCCAUGCCCAACAUGUUUGGCCCCGGGCAGCCCUACAAUCCCGGGCAGCCCGCAAAUGUUCCGGCGGGCAGCCAGCCGUACGAAACCGGCCCUCCAUCUGCCCCGCCGCGCACAGAAUCUCUCAUUACAGCAGAUGAUUAUGAGAAGCGGUGGGUGGGAGGGGCAGGCGGGCAGGGGCAGGCAAAUAACCCUGCCCAUCCCGCUUCUGCUGCUGCCGCUGCUGGUGCUGCUGCCGGUGCUGCUGCUGGUGGUGCUGCUGGUUCUGCUGCUGCUGGUGGUGGUGGCGGUGGUGGUGGUUAUGGUACUGGUGGUGGUUCGGCUGGUUACACUGGCGUGGGUGGUAACCCUCUGGAUUACCCAGCAUCAUCUGUACCCAAGUAUGGGGAAGGGAAGGCUUUCAAGAGAGAUGCUAUGGAUUAUGCUCCUAGUAGCUACGGUGGAGGAGGGGGACGGGGAGGAGGAGGGGGAGGAGGAGGCGGGGGAGGGGGCGGAGGAGGGGGUAACUACCAGAAUCAGAGUAGCAACCAACCCAGUGGUGCGUUUUCCACAGAGGAGAUUCGGCAGGCAGAAAACGAGGUAGCCAGGGAGUUUGAUCGUGUGGCUGAGGAGAGAGAGCGCCAGAUGGCGGCGAUCCGUGAGUCGUCAGAGCGCGCCAGGCUGGCAGCGCAGCGGGCGUCAGAUGCCGCGCGGAUGGCUGUCGGGGGCGGUGGAAUGGGGGGGAUGGGGGGGAUAGGGGGAGGGGGGAUUGGUGCUGGUUAUGGUUCGGGGGCAGGAGGAGGAGGGGGAGGGAUGAUGGGCGGACAGGGAGGAAUGGCAGUGAACGCUCGUUAUGGGCCUAGUGCUUACGGCGGCAUGCCAGGUGGAUCCCCAGGUGGUUCUGUUGGUCCAGGUGAUUCCUCAGGUGGUUCAGGUGGAGGGGGCGGGAUGCAUGAUGGAGAGGAGAGCCUGGAUUUGCCAGCUCCCCCUAGAGGAAUCGUGGGGGGAAGAGGAGGGGGAGGGGGAGGAGGGGGAGGGGGAGGGGGAGGAGGAGGAGGAGGAGGUGGGUUUGUGGGUGCAAGUGCAUUUGACGAUUUUGUGGCUAAGUCACCUCGAGCAGGUGAAACUGGUAGUGGUGGCUUUGGGGCAGGAGGAGCAGGAGGAGCAGGAGGAGGAGGAGCAGGAGGAGGAGCAGGGGGAACAGGAGGGGCAGGGGGCAUGGGUAGUGGGUAUGGUGGAGAGUCAGCAGCGCCAACAAGCCACGGCACCCCAGCACAUGCUUUCGAUGACUACGUUGCUCGAUCUCCCAGGGGGGCCAACAACAGCAACAGCAACAACAGCGGCGAUUUCAACGCCCCGUCCGUCCCAGGUUCGGGCCCCACCCAUUCCUCCCACUCAGGCUCGGAAUUCCCCUCGGUUCCAGGCUCGGGCGGGUACGGCUCCGGUUCUGGCUCGGGGUACGGCGGAGGAGGUGGGGGGGUAGGCUCGGGGGCAGGUUCGGGGAUGGGAGGUUCGGGAAUGCAGAGUGGUCCGGGGACGACUGGUUUGUCGGGAGAUGUGAUGUCUCUUCCGGGGAUUGAUGACUUAGCGGCGAGGUUUGACCGACUGAGGAAGAGAACGGCUGCAUCGGAUGACCUGUGA